AUGAGAAUUUUAACAGAUGAAGAAACCAAAGUCUUUUUUUCAAAACUCUCCGAGUAUAUUGGUUAAAAUAUUAAAUUUUUAAUCGACCGAACAGAUGAACCACAUGUAUUUCGUUUAAUAAAAGACCGUGUAUAUUAUAUGAGUGAAACUUUAAUGAAAGCAUGUUAAAAUAUAACUCGUGAAUAACUAAUGCAUGUUGGAACAUGCUUUGGUAAAUUUACUAAAGGAGGAAAGUUCAGAUUAAGUAUUACAUGUUUAGAUUAUUUAGUCAAAUUUGCAAAAAAUAAAGUAUGGUUAAAGCCUUAAGGUGAAUAAGCAUAUGUAUAUGGAAAUCAUGUCAUUAAAGCGCAUGUAGGUAGAAUGACUGAAAAUAUAGUUUAAUAUGCAGGUGUUAUAGUUCUUUCUAUGAAUGAUAUGCCUCUAGGAUUUGGUGUUUCUGCAAAAAAUACACUUUAAGCUAAAGAUAUGGAUCCUACUGGUGUUGUUGUUUUUAAUUAGAGUGAUGUUGGUGAAUAUUUACGUAUAGAAGAUGAAGAUAAAAACGCAUCUAAAGAUAAUUGA